AUGCCGGAUGAGGCAGUUUUAGUUGGGUACGCCGAUGACAAGCAGCUCUCAGAGUCGCAUCAGCAUAUCGCUGAGGAUAGGAAAGCAAUAUACCAGGGAAAAGGCGAGAUCGGCAAGGAACGUGCCACAUUAGAAGAGCGCACCCGCACCUACCGGCAAUGGCAGGAGUUGUGGGAUCAAGAGACCCGAGGACGUUGGACAGCACGGCUGAUACCGAUGGUCCAGCUUUGGACCGGUUCACCGGACUGUACUUAUUGCCCGGCUGUUCCCGAUGAUGCGGAGUACACAUUCUUCCGCUGCCCACAUUGGGAAAGGCCCCGCCUUGAGGCAACACGCACUCUGGGUGUUUUUUCGGUGGACUCUGUCUGCCAAGUGAUGCUGGAGGGUGAGGACAACUGGAACUGUGUGUCUCAUUUUGUCCAGGGUAUUCUCCGCGCUAAAAAGAUUGAUCUAGACCUAAAUGUGGUUUAG